AUGAACAUUUGUGAAGAUUUAGCUUAUUUACAUGAACAGGAUAUUAUCCAUCGAGAUUUAAAACCUUCUAAUUUACUAUUACAAUAUGAUAACUCAGAAGAUUUGACUGGAAUGUUCACCAUAUCAGAUUUUGUUAUUUUGGUAAUGUGA